GGCCGGGCCGGUCCGCUCGGAGCGGGGCGGCGGCGGCGGCGGCGGCUGGAAGGUGGGAGGUCGCGGGUUGCGCUUUUGCUCUCCGGCCGGCGGCGAGGGUCGCCUCUGUGGUCGCCGCCCCGUUGCUGCCCCUCCCCGCACUGCUGUGCCCGGCGGCGGCCGUGCCAGAGCGGUUGCCCGGCGGGAGAAAGAAGCGGCGUCCGGUUGCCGCCGGAGGAGCCCAACUGGACGGGACGGUCUCCCCUCUGGGCUCCACGCGGCCGCCGGAGGGAGGGCGGCUGUCCUUCCCGGCCUCGGGUGGCUUCCUCUGGGGCGCUGCCGGCCGUCGCUCUCCUUGGGGUGGCUUAGAGCGGAGCUUCUCUUUUGUCUCCCAUCCGUGGCGGAUGAUAUUUUUGUCAAAAUUACAAAUAAUAAAAAUAAUGCUUAUGUUUUCCCAGAGGUUUCCGCCCUUGACAAACUGCCCCACGUGGAUUCCGCGCUUGGAGGUGCCCCUGCGGACACUUCUGCCUGGGGAGCCCUUCUGCAGAAGAGCAAGGAAGGCCUGGGCCACGCGUGGAGCGGAGCCUCCUACCCCCCCCCCCAUCGGCCUGGGCCAUCGGGAGCUGCCCUUCCAUGCUCCAGAUAAAAGGGCCACCCAGUCCGGGCCCACCUUUCUGUAACCUGGCCCUUGUUUCCUGGAAGAAACCCUCAGGCUCUCAGCCUGUGCAAAUGUUGCAUUCUUGACCUGUGGGAUUAAAACAUCUCCAAACAUCUCUUCAUUUUUCACUCCUUUUGGGGUACAAAUUUUUGGACCAAUUACCAUAAUGGUGUCCCUAACAUAACAUCCCAUUAAAUGGAGAGUUUUUUAUUUUGCAACAUGGUACAGAAAAGGUCCACCUGAGCUGAAAAGGGACACCACCAUUAUUGUUUAUAAUCAUCAAGGUCUAAUAAGGCUAACCAACUUCAUGGUGGCUCUGGGUGGCCUAGUCGCCUCUUUCUGCCCCCCCCUCCCCGCCCAUCAGGAGGUGUCCCACCCCAGCCUCCCUCUUUCCACAGGGUUUCUUUGCCCAUUGGGCGGAAUGCUACGAUGUCAUAAAACCCUCCUGGGAUUCUCCUGAGAUUUCAAGGCUCCAGAUCCAUGUUUUCCAGCCUGCUACCAGGGCAGCUGCCAGCAGAGACAGGAUGUUGAAAGGCCCCAUCCCUGUCGUGCCGCAGUGGAAGGAGCUCCAGAACCAACUCAGGGGGAGGCUGGAGCUACAAAAGGCCUUGCCGGAAGGGGCCGAGGGAACCCCCUUUCUUCUGAGCGACAGGCCCAGCAUUGUCUUCCGGGAGAGCUGCUUCCCCAGCUACAUGCCCCUCUUCUGCUACUACGCAACCGAGCAGGGGAACUUCUUUGCCUCGUUCACCUGGAGGAGGGCCAAGCAGAGCAAGGUGCGUGUCUGGAGUUAUAACAUGGAGGAUGAGACUUCAGUGACCGAGAAAAUGUAUACCUUAGAUGAGCAUCCAGGGGUCCUCACCAUCACCUAUGUCCCCCAUGUGCACCUCUUUGUGGCCUACUGUGAUGACAUCCACUUUCGCUUCUUUGGGGACCACACUCGGGACUUCAAGCUGCUUUCCAAAAUGUCUUCUCCCUAUUCAGUCACCAGCCUAUGCUACAGUCCUGAAACGUGUGAACUAAUUUCUGGUGCCAUUGGAGUGCUGGCUUUCUGGACCUUUUUGAUGUUAGAGGUUCCCUCUAUGAGUGUCACGCAGGAAGUAUAUGUUGCAACUGGUGAGUUUGUGCACUUUCUCAGGGUGGAGCAGGAGCGGAGGAUGCUGGUGGCCCUUUGUGAGAACAUUAUUCGGGUGUACGACUAUCAAACCAAAGCCCAGAUCUGCACCUUCCAGAUGAGCCAAGGUGUCUCCCUCACUUGCUGUGCUGCUUAUUGGCCCCAGAACUUCCUCUAUACAGGAGACUUGGCUGGGGAGGUCAAGGUGUGGAACUUUGAUACAAGGACCCACAUCAACCAGUUCAAGGCCCACCAAAGCGCCAUUAGCAACGUAAUCAUCCGGAUCUCUGUGCACAGCUUCAUGACUGCCUCCUUGGACGGAAUGCUAAAGGAGUGGAACCUGACAACUGGUGAGCUUCUCCGACGGGUGGACAUUGGCGAGGAAGUCUUCCAGAUACAGUUCCUCAAUGAGCAGACUUUCUUCCUCCGCACCCGGUAUACCUUCUCCAUCCGUACAGUCAACAAUUUCUACCAGCUGUUCAACAGAAGCAAAUCGAUCCUCAAGAGGUUGGUGCGCAUACAGUGUGGACCAGACAAGGCCCGCAUCCUGGCCACCACUGAAGAUGGAAUCAUCCGAUUCUUGUCCCCUGUGACAGGUGAAAUGUUGUUUGUCACCUGGCCCUUCCAACUGCUAGAAAAAGCUCUGGACUAUGUUUAUGACCCAGAUCGGGAGGAACUCUUGGUGACCAUGGGCACAAGUGACAUCUAUGUGUUGGAUACCACCAAGAACCCUUGCCCAACCAAGUACAUUUUGCGCACCACAGACAGCGUGGAUGACAAGGUUCUGUGUUUGGCCUACAGCCGUCUGGACCUGAAUGGCCGAACCACCAGCUUCAUCUUCAGUGGGUUCAAGAGUGGCAAAGUGCGCUCCGUCAGUCAGCAGCUCUAUCGAAUGGGCGGUCGCAAACUGCACGACGGCAAUGUGGUGGCCCUCAGCAGCCUGUCAGACUCAGGGUACCUGUCAUACCAUUCAAGGGAAGCCUCCUUCCUCUGCUCCUAUGGACUCGAUGAAUACAUCGUCCUCUCGGAAGUGAUCUUAAAGAAGAACAGCCUCCUGGAGGUGCUCCCUCUGGUGGUCAUUCCCAGCACCAACUGCAGGAUCAACAUUCUCCUGCUCAUCCCUGGCUACAUCUGUGCCUUGACGGAGCAGAACCGAGUCCGGCUGUGGCGCCAGGCAGCCUUGGUUCCUGGCGAGAACAACCCCUUCUGGAAGGAGACAGCAGCCAUGCAUUCGAGCACCAUCACCUCUUUCGACUACUGCCACACCCUGAGCAUAUUGGUGACCGGCGGCUCGGACGGCUCCGUGCGCAUUUGGGACAUCCUGGGAAAAAUGUUGGUGGAGUUUGACACCACCCUCAAAUUCAGCCGUGUCUGCUUUGCCAACCAACGAGGGGACCUGGUGGUCGGCUGCAGCACGGAUAUCUACUUCAUCUCAUGUGUUAUGUACCUACCAAGGAAGCAUCUUGCCAGGCUGUUGACCCAUCGUGUAAAGGAUGAUGUUGUUGAAUACCCACUGCCCUUCCUUCCCUGCUUCCUUCUUGCCUUCGACAUAGUUUUUGUGCCCAAGUACCUCCAGGUAGGCAAGCAGGCCAAGAAGUUUGAGCGGAUGGAGCCCCUCACCAACCACACGGAGGUGGUGAUCGAGAAGAAUGUGGCCAAGGUGGUGGAGUUCAUUGGCAGGGAUGCAAGCAUCUUUCCUGGCCCCGAUUUCUAUGGGCUGCCACCACUCCCCCCCAAGGAGACCCUGCCAGAGUUUGCAGUGGAAUACCAGCUCAUUUCUCAGCCCACUGUCAGGCCUUCUCUGGAGAAGAAACUCACUUCCCCACCGCCUUACCGUGGCCUCCCGCGAAUGGUGGAGCAUGUCCCCGUACUCCAGACCCUUCGGUUCCAGGAGGGGCACUCCUGGCCAAUGGCUCCUGACGGCUACAUCCCGAACUCAGUCAUCCGGGCUCGGCUCUUCCCCAAAGGGACUCCCCCCGAUCUCUGGUGCCCCUUGCUGUCAAGCCGGGACCCCCUGCCCAAGAGGAAGCUGGUCAAGAUCCAGAUACCAGAGUGGGACACGUCCGAGGUGGUGGAGAAGGCGCGGAAGAGAAAGGCUCAGAAGAUGAAGCAGACGCCUUCGGGCAUCAGGGGCCACCGGGACCUGCUAGCGGAGAUCAUGACCAAGCCCUGGCUGAGGCACAAGCCCAGUGACACCAGCCUGUCCUCCGUCAUGAAGGCCAUCCUCAACCUCAUGGACAACGUCCCCUACUCCACCUACCUGCUCUGCACCUCUGCGCUGGUGCAGCUUUCUGAGUCUUACACACUGCCCUCCUCCAUACAGGAAGUAGCUUUUGAGCGCCUCAUCCAAGACACAACACACAAGGAGGUGAGGAUGCGGCUGGCGGCCUGGGAGGCCUUGGAGAAGAUGGACCUCCUGGGUGAACAAGAGGUGGCAGCCCUGGCACGGGCCCUGCUGGAUGAGAAUAGGAACGUGCGGGACCUGGCCCGUUCCUUGCUUGACUCGGUGGCCGGCAUCACCGACAAGUUUGUCCUGAAACAGGAAAUGCAGCGGCUGGCAGCAAUGAGCCUGGAAGACCUGACGGUGCUGAGCCAGAAAGAAAGAGGUGCUUUUCCUCGCAGGGUGCGAGCUGCCGGCAUUGUGGCUGAGUCGAAGGAUGAAGCCGUCUAUGCCUUGACGGAGGGGACCGAGAGGCUGAUGACCUGUGUGGAGAAUCAGCUGACAGCCAAUCUCUUCCUCAUGUCCGAGUACCCCCCACCAGAGGCCCAGCUCUUGGGGCAUCCUCCCCCCUCCCGGCGCAGACGCAUCUCUGGAAAAGUGGCUGAGGAGUACGGAGAGCCAGAUGGACCAGAGGCAGGCCGCGUCCGGUGGCUGGGGCUCUUUGGCCACUCUGGCAGGAAAGCGGCCGAGGCUCGAGCUACCACUGAGGAGGCCAAGCAGAUCUCCCCCAGGAAGCUGCCCCGCAUCCAGCAGGCCCGAGGGAAGGGGGUUGCCAUCAUGCUGACCCCUGAAGCCCCAGAGAGCAGCAGCAGCAGCCCCAGCCAGCGCACCACCAGCACUAGCGGCUCCCCCACCACCAGCAGUGGCAGCUCUGCCUCGCGGGAGCUGCGGGCCGCCAAGAAGGCGCAGCGUGAAAAGGAGAAGCUACGGCAGCCCAAGGUCCCGGCCACCUCUUCCCAACAUGUCCGCAGGCUCAGGAAGCUGCGCAAACAGGCCCAGCCUGUUCUCCUGCAGCGCAGAGACACCCGCACGCAGCUGUACACGGAGAUGCUAAAGAGCAUGAAGGUCCGGAAGGAGCAGUCGGCACCAGUGGUGGUAGUGCCUCCAGCAAAAUCCAAAGCCGGCAGCAGCCUAAUGCAGGCCAAGCUCAGCCCCGUGGAGCCACCCACGCUGCCCCCGGUGCCCCCAGUGCUCCCUGCCAAAGGCAGUCUCAUCGAUCCUAAGCAGCAGUACACGGCUGACAAAUCCAACUGGCGCAAUGACCUCUACAAACUGAUGAUGCUGCGCAUCGCCCCCUCGGUCGAGGGGCGCACUGCAGGGGAGGACUUCCUGGCCUCCGCCCGAAUUGCCCUUGCCGGCCAGAACCUCUCCUGGGAGCUCUUGACCAACCUCAGCCAGGCCCUCCUCAGCUCCCAGGAAAAGCUGACCACAGAGACCCCCGCCUGGAAAAAAUACAUGGACGACUUCAUCAAGCUUUCACUGAAGGAGUCAUGGCUCCAGUCUUCAGUGGAGAGCUUGGAAACCAUCUUGGCCGUGAGGACAGCCGGAGACGUGUCCAGCAGCUCAGAGACAGAUGAGCUCAGCCAGGACGAGGCGGAGAAGGGACUGGGGGAGGAAGCUGAGGAGAGAGACAGGAUGGCAGAGAAGAAAAGGCUCCAGGAGCAUGCAGCUAAAGAGGGCAAGCUAUUCCAAGUGGCCUCUGAAAAAGAGGCGAGGCGGACUGCUAAGUUGUCCAAGAAGUGGGCUGCUAAAAUGGAAGAGUUUGCCAAAAGGAGGCAGGAAUCAGUGGCCAAGGCCAGGGAGCAGGAGCUUGCUUGGAGCAAGGAGCGGAUGCCUGCCAGGGGAAAAGAGCAGGAACGCCUCCUAAAGAAGGAGCGGGAACACCUGGAGAAGGAGCGGGAACACCUCCUGGAGAAGGAGCGGAAGCUCUCCAGAGGCAGAGCACGAGCAGCAGAACCUCGGAGGCCGAAGGAAUGGGAGGCUGCUGAAAGAAGAGGAAAAGAAGGGACCAUGUACAAGGCCGGACGGCCUGCAAGCAAAGAGGAGGAGGCAGAGGAAGUGGAGGAAGCAGAGAGGAGCCUGGAGGAGCUGCCCAGUGUGGAGGAGCUGCAGAAGAAGCCCCUCCUGACGGACUCUGAGAGAAUCCUGGCCCAGCUGUCGGAGGACACGCUGACUGAAAUGAGGACAGAAGGCAAGGCCAGAAUGAGGGAGGAACUGAAGGCCAGAGCUUUUCAGGAAGCCCUAGAAGAGGUGAAGGAGAGAGCUUUGGCGGAAGCCCGCCAGAUAGCCCUGGCCGAGGCCAGAGACCGGACAUUGCUUGAUGCCCGAAAGAAGGCCCUGGUGGAAGCUUGGGAGAAGGUGCUGGCAGAAGCCCAUCAGAAGGCGCUGGAGGAGGUGAUGGAGAGGGCACUGGAGGAGGCAGAAAAGAUUGUCCAGGCCGAGGGACUGGAGGGGAACCUGGCGGAGGAAAGGCUGCAGGAACUGGUGCUGGUAAUAGCCGAGGAACUGGCCAAGGAAAGGGCCAUAGAGUUGGCCAUGUUGGCCAAAAUAGAAAUAGACGAGGCUAAAGUUCUGGAGCUGGCUGAAGAAGAGGCAAUAGAGAUAGAUGAAGUGAGACUUCUGGAGCUGGCUGAAGCCAGGGCCCAGGAACUGGCCGAGACCAGGGCCCAGGAACUGGCUGAAGCUGCCAUGCUGGAGAUGCCAGAGGAAAGACUCCUGGAGUUGGCUGAGGUAAGAGCCGAGCUGCUGGCCCAGGUGAAGCUGAUGGAGAAGCAGCUGGAGCAGGAGGAAGAGGAGUGGGCUGAGAAAAGGGCCCUCUUCUUUGACAAAGAGAAGAUGGGCUCCCCGGAGGCCCUGGAUGACAAGAGUAUUUGGCUCCUCUCUGAGGACGAAAGAGAAGCCUUGGUGACUCUGUGGGAGAUGGACCAGGCCCCGGAGCCAGAGGCUGAGCUGACAGACCAGGCCCAGCUGCUUCUGGAAGUCCUGACUCAGCCAGAGAAGCUGCAGAGGAGGGAUUCCACCACCUUCCAGAACCUCUUCCGUGUGGUAUCCCUGGUCGGGGUCCCCUCAACGGCACACCUGCAGGAGAUGGUUGACGCUCUGCUCCAGAAAGCCGAGGACCUGUUAAAGGAAGCUGAGCAGAGGCAGGAGUCCUUGUCAGAAGAACAGGUGUCCGUGCUCAGAUGUCUCAAGGAGGCGGUGGAGGCCCACAAGCCCUGGAACACCAGCCCCAAGCAAUAUGGCGCCAGGAUGAAGAGGCUUUUUAAGUCUGUCCUGGCUGUGCUGCAGGCCAGGAACCUGAAGAGGCGGCUGACCAACAAUGUCUGGCUGCAGGCUUGGCAGCGGAAGGCAGAGAAGGCCUGGACCCAGGAGGAGGGCCUGGAGGAGCGCCCGGAGGAGCCCCGGGAGGAGCGCCAGGAAGAGGACCGGAAGGCUUGGCUGAGGAAGAAGCUCAGGCAGGCCCUUGGGAAGCUUCAGGCAGAUCAGGAAAGGGCUCAGCAGGAAAGACUGGAGCAGCAGCGCAGGGAGAGGUGCCUCAAGUUCAGAUCGCGGCCCAUCGUGCUGGGCUUCCCAGAGGGGGCAGAGGAGAAGAAGAGCAGGGCAGAGGAGCGGGGUCAGAGGGAGGGGAUGGGGGGAGAGGGAGAAGGUCUGGAGGAGGCCAGGGUGGCGGACAGGAGGAAAUCAUCCCUGAGAAAGGAGAAGGCAGCAAGGGACCGUGGGAAGCUGACGUGGUCCAUGGGCCAACAGUGGGAGAAGGCCUGGCAUGCCUUCCUGCAGACCGAGGAGGAGCUGAGCCCGGCUCUGGCGGUCCCCCGGCCCAGGGGGCACCGCCUGCCCAAAGACUCUCUGUACAAGACGACCAAGCCCACCAUGCGCCUCCAUCGGAAGAUGCUCAGGCGGGGGGGCCGGCAGCACAUCUUCCGCCUGGACGAGGCCAAGGGGGUAGACUGGGAGACCUUCAUGGGGCUGUACUUGUCCAUUGUGUCCGUGAAGGAGAAGGGAGUGGAACCUGCCGUGUGGCAGGAGCAAGCGGCCAAGCUGCUCGACCUCUACGGCAUGAGCAACCCACUGGUCCGGGCCAUGAUCCAGCAGCUCUUGGUGGGUGACCAUCGCCAGCACAAGUAUGUCCCCAGCAGCCGCCUGAGACUGAAGAGGGCACAGGCCAACCUGGGCCAGAGGAUCCUCUACGAGAUGAUUGUUCAUUCCACCCGGCUUCGGCCCCCACAGCCCACCUUCCACCACGUCAUCCCACUCAGCUACCAGAACAACGUGCAGCCCUUCAAGAUGCAAGGCGUCACCCAUUUUGGUCCCCUCUACCUCAAGUGGAAGACCUUCUCCAAGGGGAAGCUGCCCAAGAUGAGCCUCUAUGUGUAUUCGCAUCCCUCUUCAUAACUUUCUGCUCCCUUUGUUCCCGUGGACCGGCUCUGUUUUGCUUUUUUCUUGUUUAAAGAAUAGCCUCAGAGAGUUUGUGAGAUUUUUUUUGGGGGGGGGGAAGAGCAAUUUAUGCAAACUGUAGAAUAAAUUAGUUAUUCAA